GGUGAGAGCCGAGCAGUGGUGCUGAUGAGAGAGAAGCCCAGGGUACCACUAAUUGAAGGAGUGAGGAAGCGAGCAGCUCGCUUCUAACUGGACUACAGAUUUGUGACAGUGUCCUGUGCUGUGACAGACCUACUCUGUGACUUUUAGUUGGAUUCAUCUCUCACAUUCCAGAAAACAUGACCCUUGCUGCCUACAAAGAGAAGAUGAAGGAGCUCCCACUCGUGUCCUUGUUCUGCUCCUGUUUCCUGGCCGACCCCCUGAAUAAGUCAUCUUAUAAAUAUGAAGCAGACACGGUGGACCUGAACUGGUGUGUAAUUUCCGACAUGGAAGUCAUUGAGCUGAACAAAUGCACCUCGGGCCAGUCUUUUGAAGUCAUCCUGAAGCCGCCCUCCUUUGAUGGGGUGCCCGAGUUCAAUGCCUCCCUACCCAGGCGGCGAGACCCAUCCCUGGAAGAGAUCCAGAAGAAACUAGAAGCAGCUGAGGAGCGAAGGAAGUACCAAGAAGCUGAGCUCCUGAAGCACCUGGCGGAGAAACGAGAACACGAGCGGGAGGUGAUCCAAAAAGCCAUUGAGGAAAACAACAACUUCAUCAAGAUGGCUAAGGAAAAACUGGCCCAGAAGAUGGAAUCCAAUAAGGAGAACCGGGAGGCCCACCUUGCCGCCAUGUUGGAACGGCUGCAAGAGAAGGUAGGUGGUCUCGGAUCGGAGAGGAGACUCCUGGGACACCCUCUUCCUUUCAUGGCAAGUAUAAUGGGCCUAUAUAUCAUUUCAGGGAGCAAGGAGCCUCGGGCAGGAAAGGGGAUAUAUCUGUUAGGCCUGAUCCUUAGAGAGUUCCAAAGGAUGAUUUGGGAAGUCAUAGGCAAGAAACAUGAACUGAGCUUUGGAAUUCCUUGGGGGACGUGCUGCACAGCUACACAAUGGAAAUUUCUCAUUGUAUUAGGGUAUUGAGACCUCUUAUCUCCUAGAGAAAGCCUGCCUAAUGCAAGGGAGUAGGGAGAGGCAAGCAGUUGUACAUUCCUGGCAUCAUCCUUGAACAGACUGAUUGGAUUUAAUGAAAGAUGAUGAUUUGAGCUCUUGGCUCUAAGCCAAGGGCAUGAUGAGCCAAGUUGCCCAUUGAGCAUGAAACAUGAUUCUCUCCAAACUUCUUGAUAUAGACUGAGUGAGUCUCGGGUCUUUCCAAUAUGCUACCUUUGGUCAGUAAACCAAAUGGUGUCACCUAAAUAAGAGAAACGUGAGAGACUGGGGUUGGUCUCAUGUGUCAGCAGAAUAACAACAGCCCAUCCUGCCGAGAACAUGCUGGCCUCAUUUCCUGAGCCUCAAGGCUGCCCCAGUUUCUCCUGCAGCUCCUGGGAGAGCUCCAGCUCUGUGUUUUAUUUCCAGGAGCCGCCUGCUGCGCGGUGACUCCCGGGACCCGAUCGGUGGCCUCAUCCCAUGGUGAGCAGCGUGGUCCCCGCUCCUUCCUGCCCAUCCAUCUAGAGUCUCAGGCCCUUGGCCACAGCUGAUAGAAAGAUCUGGUUUCUUCACAAGGGAUCUGGAUGUUAUGUAGGCCCUGCAGCUGGCCAGCAUGUGGCAGCCCCUCUGCUCUUAUACCCACUCCAUCCUUCUAGGGGCAGCACGGCCUCCACCAAGUAUCAGAUGGGAGGGAAGUGUUCUGGGUCUGAUUUCAGGCUUUGCCAAUUAUUGAGGGAUGACUUGGAGCAAAUUCUUGCAG